AUUAAAAACUUUUUUUUAAUUCUUGUUUUUCAACCUGACUUGGUCUUUUCUGGGUGUUGUCGUUUUAGAUCGAAACGCGCCGUUCCUUGGACACCUGCUGCAGAAUUCACAUCAUAAGAAGGAUGUCCAGCAAGGCAGUAGCUGUGGUGACCGGAGCCAACAAAGGCAUUGGGUUUGCCAUUGUGCGGGCUCUAUGCAAACAGUUCACUGGGGACGUCUACCUGACAGCCCGGGAUGUGGAACGGGGCAAGGCAGCCGUGGCCAAGCUGCAGGAGGAAGGACUGAAGCCCCUCUUUCACCAGCUGGACAUCAAUGAUCUUCAGAGUAUCCGAGCUCUUCGGGAUUUCCUAAAGGAAAAGUACGGGGGAUUGGAUGUGCUUGUCAACAAUGCAGGGAUUGCUUUCAAAGUUGCUGAUACAACUCCAUUUGCAGUACAAGCAGAAGUCACACUGAGAACAAACUUCUUUGCAACAAGGGAUGUUUGUACAGAAUUGCUGCCACUGAUGAAACCUAAUG